AUGGAUAAUGAAAAGUGUCUAGUUUUAAUUCGAUUGUAUGGCGCUAAAGAUUUUUUGUGGAACAGUAAAUCUCCACUUUACCACAAUAAGACUGUAAGGGAAGAUGCGUGGAAUGAAAUAAGUUCACUAAUGAACUUACCUGUUGCUGAACCAAAGAAAAAAAUGACCACCCUUCAAGCAUCUUACAGAAGAGAAAAAUCCAGAGUAGCAAAAAGCCUCAUUACUGGUUCUGGUACACAUCAAGUUUACGUAUCAAAGUGGUUUGCUUUUGACGAAUUUAAUUUUAUGAAAGAUAAAGACAUACCUAAUGAAACAUCCGACACAAUGUCGGAGCUGGAAAAUGUAAGUUAA